CACUUGUCUACCAUUUGUAUGUUUCAUUUCUCUAUGGACUGUUUAUUAGUCACGCUAACGUUAACGUUUCUUUCCGAAUGUCGAAUUGAAAAUUUUUGUCUACCAAUUUUUGCAGCAGUCACGUGACUUCUCUUCAGCAUAUGUCAUUUUCAUACAUUUUGAACUUUCCGUAAGCGUGAACGCUAACAGAAAAAGGUUUUUGUCUAGACCCCCAGGGCGUUUCUUGGAGUUUUUGCAUUUGUAUUUAGGGUUAUUUGGGGAUAUUUUAUCGUAACUUUAGGGCUAUUUUUUUUAAAGAGUUGGUAGCCCUGUACCUGUCACCGCACCUGUUACAUCAAGUACUUACUUAAUGUUGGCUACUGAUUUUUACAAAUGUUCCUUAUAUUUAAAUAAAGGGAGCGAAAUAUUUGGAAAGUAACUAUAAUUUCUUUUAUGAUGAGCCAUUUACACUUAAUACUACCACCAAAACUAUAUGAAAACAUAGAAAGAGCUGGAAUAAACACAGCUAAGCAAAUAUUAGUUUUGUCCGUUUGGGAAAUAAAAAAAAAAACUAAUCUAUCAACACAAGAUAUAAAAUUAAUUAAAAGUUAUGUUGCUAACGAAAUGUCACCUUCAAGUAUUCUCACAAGUAAGAGAAUUCUUCAUGAACGUAAUAUAAACACGAAAGUUACAACAGGUUGCAGUGAAAUAAAUUCUGUUCUCGAAGGUGGAUACAGAAUAGGAACAAUCACAGAAAUAUUUGGUGAAAGUGGCACAGGGAAAACUCAACUUGGAAUACAAGCAGCUCUACAUAAUUGGCCAAAAUCCGUCCUUUACAUUUGUACUGAAGAUUUAUUUCCCAUAAAAAGAUUAAAUGAAAUAAAAAGAUGUGUACCAAAUUACGAUCCUAAUGUUGAUUAUGGUAAAAAUAUAUUUGUGGAGCACAUAAUUGAAGCUAGAGACUUGUUAAGCUGUAUCCAAGUGAGGUCACCAAAAUUGUUAAGUCAACAUCGAUUUUCUCUUAUUAUUAUUGAUUCUAUUGCAGCUCCUUUUAGAGUUGAUAAUAGCAACUAUGUUCAAAGAGCUGAAGAGUUACGGGAGCUUUCAAUGGCUCUAAUUAAUUUCAGUCAGCAAUAUAAGUUGGCAGUUCUUUGCAUAAAUCAAGUUACAGCUUCCUUUAAUAAUUCAGACAAUAUGUUGCCUUCACUUGGGCUAGCAUGGUCUAACAUGGUUUCUACCAGACUUUGGGUAAGAAAAACAAUGAAAACAAUUGAUGUCAACAAAAUAAAGGCUUUUGAAAGUGAGAUCUGUAAUGACAAGAUACUAGUUAAAGAACUAAUUGUCACAUUUGCACCUGACUUGGCUAAUGAUAAAGUUCAAUAUGUUAUAACAGACAGAGGCAUAAAAGGCAUAACAUAAUAUUGUAUUGGUAGUAAAUAAAGUAUCUAUUGAUUAAAGCUUAAUAUUUUUAAAUUACAUAGAAUGUUUUUCUAAGCAUUAACAAUUUAUAAAAAUUAUUGGUCGUCCAGCGGUUGAAAUUCAACCAUAAAAUUUAAUACAUUUGUUACAAGUAUAAUACAUAAA